GCAAGAUGAGCCGAACGGUGAAUUUCGCUUUACUCGUCGUUUCCGCCCUCUGCCUCGUCCAUGGCCUUCCUGCUGACGAAAAGGCCGAUGGAGGAGAGGCCGGAGUUGGUGAUAUCAUUGACAUCAUUAAAGGCGGACAUGGCAAAGGAAUAAUGGGAAUGUUUGGAAGUGCAAGAGGUGGAAGAGGUGGUGGAGCUCCAAUAGGAGGUGGUGGAGCUCCAGCAGGAGGUGACGGAGCUCCAAUAGAAGGUGCAACACUUCUAACUGCAAAUCCUAUACUUUCUCCAGAACCUGCCAAAGUUCCUCCAGGUGUUAAUAUAUUGCAUGCCGGAGUUGGUAAGGUUCCAGUAGAUGAAGCACCUGAAGAAGGUGAAGACGGUGGAGGCAAGCAGGUUUGGCCCGUGAGUGUGAAGAAGCAAGAAGGAGGCGACUCCGGAAAGGGAAAAGGAGGCGGUGGAGCACCGGCUAAAGGGGGAUCCGGGGGAGGAAUUCUUGGAAUGCUCGGAGGCAUACUCGGAGGAGCACUAGGUGGUCUAGGAGGUGGAGGAAAAGGUGGCAAAGGCGAAUCCGGAGGAGACCCGAAGGAGGGAAUAAAUGGUGGAAUAGGAGGAUUCGUGGACAUGUUCAAAGGCGACAAAGGCAAAGGAGGAGGGGCCCUGAUGGACAUGAUAAAAGGUGGAAUCGGAGGAAUCGGAGAAAUCGCGGACAUGUUCCAAGGCGAAAAAGGCAAAGGAGGAGUGAGCCUGACAGACUUGAUGAAAGGAUUCGGCAAAGGAGGAGGGGGCCCCGGGGGUAAAAAAGAAGAUGAUCAAUUUGAAGCCCUGUCCAUUGGAGGGAACAUUGAGGAACCCGAGGAAGAAGGAAAGGGAUCGCCAGGAGCCGAUACAGAUGAUGAAGGAAAUCAAUAUGAAGAGGAACCCGAGGAAGAAGAAAAGGGAUCGCUAGGAGACGGAACAGAAGAUGAAGAAGAUCAAUAUGAAGAGGAUUAUGAAGAAGAAGAAAAGGGAUGGCAAGGAGGUGGAAAACCCGGAGGUAUGAAGGGGGGUUUUGGAGGCGGAAAACCUGGAGGAAUGAUGGGAGGUUUUGGAGGCGGCAAACCCGGAGGAAUGAUGGGAGGUUUUGGAGGCGGCAAACCCGGAGGAAUGAUGGGAGGUUUUGGAGGCGGAAAACCCGGAGGAAUGAUGGGAGGUUUUGGAGGCCGAAAACCCGGAGAAAUGGAUGACAGCGGAAUGGGAGAAGACGAUGAAUCUCCAGAAAGAGAGGAAUCUGGAGAAGAAGAAAACGGAUGGCUAGGAGGUGGAAAACCCGGAGGAAUGAUGAGAGGUUUUGGAGGCGGAAAAUUCGGAGGAAUGAUGGGAGGUUUUGGAGGCGGAAAAUUCGGAGGAAUGAUGAGAGGUUUUGGAGGCGGAAAAUUCGGAGGAAUGUUGGGAGGUUUUGGAGGCCGAAAACCCGGAAGAAUGGAUUACAGCGGAAUGGGAGAAGACGAUGAAUCUCCAGAAAGAGUUAUGGGGAAUUUUUGGCAGAGCAUUCGAAACUGGAACCAAAAAUAUGGACGUAGAGGAGGUCGAAAUGAAGAAACCAAUGAAGAGAGUAGUGAAGAAAGCAGUGAAGAGAGUAGCGAAGAAAGUAGAGAACGAAAAGAUGAAAGUAGUGAAGAGAGCAGUGAAGAAAGCAGUGAAGAGAGUAGCGAAGAAAGUAGAGAACGAAAAUAUGAAAGUAGUGAAGAGAGUAGUGAAAAAAGUAGUGAAGAGAGUAGCGAAGAAAGUAGAGAUCGAAAAGAUGAAGACAGCAGUGAAGAACGCAGUGGUCAUAAUAGAAGACGGUGCCAUUUCAGGCAUGGCGUAGUACGAGAUCACGAGAGUAAGGAACGAAGAGGUUUACUGAAACAAUGGCCAAAAAAUCCUUGGUUCGAGAUGAUGCGAGAGGAACACAGCAGUGAAGAACACGAUGAUCAUAAUGGAAGACGGUGCCAUUUCAGGCAUGGAAUAGCACGAGAAGACGAUCGCAAAAAACGGCGAGGUUGUUGGAAACGAGGAUGGAAACAUGCUAGACACGAGGGAAAACGAGAGAAAGCCAGCAGUGAAGAACGAGGUGGUCAGAAACGAAUGCAUUCAUUCGGAAAACGAAAGCAAAACAAACAUAAACACGGGAAAAAACGACAUGAACAUAUCAAAGGAAGACAACAUUGUCGGCAGCGAAAACAAAUGAAAGGUAGGCAUGGGAAAAAAAGAGAAGACCAAAGCAAAGAAGAACGCGAUGAAGAUAGCAAUGAACGAGUUGGUCGGGAUGAAAGACAACGUAAAGAUAGAUCUAGGGUAGGACGAAGCGAAGAAAGCGGGGAGAAACACGAUGAUGAUAGCGAGGAAGAACGAGAUGAAGAUAGCGAGGAAGAGGGAUAUGAACAUAGCGAAGAAGAACGAGUUGGUCAAAAGGAAAGACGGUCAUAUAGUAGACGAGAUGAUGAGAGCGAGGAGAAAUACGAUGAAGAUGACAGUGAAGAACGAGAUGAAGAUGUUGGGGAAGAUCGAAAUGAGGAUAAUAAGGAAGAUGAAGAUGAAGAUGAAGAUGAAGACGACGAUGAAGAGGAAGAGGAAGAUAACGGGGAAGAUGAAGAUGUAUAUGGGAAGAAAUAUGAUAAUCGGAAUAAGAAGGAAAUGAAGAAAAAGCCAAGCGAUUCAAAUGACGAAAGACCGUUUGUUUUCAUUCCCACGUACGGAAAUGAAACCAUUUCGCAUGCUGUGCCAACGCCCAACAAUGAAGAACAAGAAGAAUAUGGUGAAGAUAAAUAUGUGGAUAGGAAAGAUAAAUAUUUAGAUGGGGAAGAUGAAGAAGAAGAAAGGAAAAAUCACGAUGAAGAUGAAGAUGAAGAUGGGAAUGAUGACAAUAAAGAUAACGGGGAAGAACUUCGUAAUUGGAGUAGUACUGAACCUGUUGACAGUGGACGAAAUGAAAAAAUGAAGGAAGGAGAGGGCGAUACAAAUGACCGAAGCCCGUUUGUUCUCGUUCCCAAUGAAGAAAAUGGUACUAUCCCGUCCCCUGUACCAGAGUCAAACACUGAGGGAAAUAUCUGGAUUAAACCGUAUCCACUAGAGAGGGCGCCGCAGGAACAACCCACGCCCACGACGCCGCAGGAACAACCCACGCCCACGACGCUGCAGGAACCAUCCGCGCUCACGAUCGCGAAUGUAACCAAGAUGGACAUCGAUGUGGAAGACGCAACUGAGGAUACAAAUUUCGAAGACCCAGACUUAAUAAGAGUAAGCGAAUUGAAGAAGAUUUACAAUUCAGAAGAUUUUGAGGAAUGA